CUAACUAUAAAUUGAGCUGAAAAUUUCAAUUUAGCACAGGACAACUAAUACUACUGUUCAGCUUUGUCUUAAGUAGUUGAAGUUUUGAAGUUUUACCCUACUUGCUAGAGUGUGAACAAAAUGAAGAUAACUAAUAUUUUACUAGUUACUGUUUUUGUAGUUUUAAUAGCUGCUGUUGUUGAAGGAAAAGAGUGUGUGGAAAAUAGAUGUAACAAACACUGCAUGAGAAUUGGACAACAGAAAGGAGAAUGUAAAGAUGGUAAAUGCUCAUGCAACGGUAUGGAUGAUGCAGGAGAGCAACACCCUCCUACCAAAUCAGCUUUAACUAUGCUUUUACAUGCAGCAAGUCAAAGAAGGGGCUAAUGAAUUAAUGUGAAACUUGACACGACAGUUUCAAUAUAUGGCAUUUUAAUUUCAUAUACUUCUGUUAUUAAUAUUUCCAAAUAAAUAAUAGAAAUAAAAUGCUUUCAAAAUCUCUCAAAAGUAAAGAAUCAAAUA